GUCACAGUUAACUGACCGUAGAGCAGAGCGGAUCGCGUCCAUCGAAGCCAGCGGCGUCUCUCCGAAACGGAACAUGGACUUUUGACCGAGUGUCUGAAUCGAACGAAAAAUAAAGCCCGACAUCAAUUCUUUCCUCUGAGGCGUAGUAUCAUUUUCAUUUAAGGGUUAUCCAUGAGAUUCUUCAGGCUUACCUUCAAGUGCUUCGUCGAUUGCUUUUGAAUCUCCUCCCCGUCAACGGCUCAACCGACCGCGGCGCUUUGUGACAUUUUUCCAUCUCUUCUCGGCAGAGUUAACGGGUUCCCACCUGUGAUAUUCGCGAUAAACUGAGAUUUAAAACAAUUUUUUUCAUUCCAAGAAGAAGAAAUAAACUCGGAGAAACACAGCCCCCAUAGGAUUGGUAAUAUAUUGUGGCUACAUCCCCUGUGUCCUUUCUUUAGCCUGGCACUUUUAAAAAACUUCAUUUCUCCCCUGCCUAUAAAAACAGCCAGCUUGCACUUUAAAUAACAUUAUUUUUGUAACCAAGAAUAUGUCACCUGAAAUGGAAGAGAACAGUCAAGGUGAAAUCAGUGUCUCCCAGAUGGAGGCAGGGACCCUGUCCGAGGAGGAGGGCAUGGGAUCGGCUCGUCCCCUGGUUCCUAUGCCCGGUGCAGGUCCCGGGUGUGGUGAUGGCGGAGGGACUGGCCCACCGCAGAGCCAGGACGGGGCUUCAGUUGUGACUGGAAAUGGGGUGGUCGCAGGACCAGAAGUGGAGAGAGAAACCUGGACCAGACAGAUGGACUUCAUCAUGUCCUGCGUGGGUUUUGCUGUCGGCCUGGGCAACGUGUGGCGGUUCCCAUACCUCUGCUACAAGAACGGAGGAGGGGUUUUCCUGAUCCCUUAUUUGCUGAUUGUGUUCAUCGGGGGUAUCCCUGUCUUCUUCCUGGAGAUCGCACUGGGCCAGUUUAUGAAACAAGGAGGGGUCUCUGCUUGGAACAUCGCACCUCUCUUCAAAGGUCUGGGCCUAGCCUCCAUGGUGAUCGUGUUCUUCUGUAAUACCUACUACAUCAUGAUUCUGGUGUGGGGCCUCUACUUUCUCUUCCACUCUUUCACUAAUCCACUGCCCUGGGCCACCUGUGGACACCCCUGGAACACCCCCAACUGUACACAGGACUUCCGACGCAUGUGCCACAACCGCAGUGCCGCUCAGCCCGCUCUGCCGUCAUCUGCUGCAUUCCCCUCCAGCCCCGUCUCCACCGUGGCACAGCUGAACCUGUCUUCAUCUCAGCUCCUUCUUAAUGGCAGCUGCCUGGAGGCUGAAGGCCUGCGCUCACCAGUCAUUGAGUUCUGGGAGCGUAAAGUGCUUCGUCUAUCUGGAGGCCUACAUGAACCUGGUGUCAUAAGCUAUGAGAUGGUGUUGUGUCUCAUGGCCACCUGGGUCAUUGUUUACUUCUGUAUGUGGAAAGGAGUCAAAUCUACUGGCAAGGUCGUGUACUUUACAGCUCUGUUCCCCUACCUGGUUCUGGUGGUUCUUCUGGCCCAUGGCGUCACUCUGCCUGGAGCUUUGGAUGGCAUUGUUUACUACUUGAAGCCAGACUGGUCCAAACUUGGAGAAGCACAGGUAUGGAUUGAUGCAGGCACUCAGAUUUUCUUCUCCUAUGCCAUUGGACUUGGUGCCCUUACUGCGUUGGGCAGCUACAACCGCUUUCAUAACAACUGUUACCAGGAUGCAUUCGUUCUGGCCCUUAUAAACAGUGGAACCAGUUUUUUUGCUGGCUUUGUCGUGUUCUCUGUCCUGGGUUUUAUGGCUGCGGAACAGGGGGUGGACAUCAGUAAGGUAGCUGAAAGUGGUCCAGGUCUGGCUUUUAUAGCCUACCCCAAAGCUGUGACUCUGAUGCCUCUGGCACCGCUCUGGGCAGCACUGUUCUUCUUCAUGUUGCUCAUUCUGGGCCUGGACAGUCAGUUUGUAGGGGUGGAAGGCUUGAUAACUGGAAUCAUGGACAUGUUGCCCCCUAAAUCUGCCCUGAGCUCCUUGCGACGGGAGGUGGUUGCAGCCAUCUGCUGCGUCAUCUGCUUCUUUAUUGACAUGUCCAUGGUCACUGAGGGAGGGAUGUAUGUAUUCCAGCUGUUUGACUACUACUCAGCCAGUGGCAUCACUCUCUUAUGGCAGGCCUUCUGGGAAUGUGUCGUCAUCGCCUGGGUUUAUGGCGCAGACCGUUUCAUGGACGACGUGGCUCGUAUGAUUGGCUACCAGCCCCUCCCCUACAUGAAGUGGUGCUGGUCCUACGUCACGCCUUUUGUCUGUGUGGGAGUGUUCCUAUUCCACGUGGUGAACUACAAGCCCCUGACCUACAACACAGUGUAUACAUACCCCAUAUGGGGCGAAGCACUCGGAUGGGCCCUGGCUCUGUCCUCCAUGCUCUGUAUUCCUGUAACUGUUCUUUACAAGCUACUCCGCUGCAAAGGGUCUCUCCGUGAGCGGUGGCAGCACCUAACCACCCCAGUCUGGGGCAGACACCACCUGGAGUACCUGGCACCAGAGAGUGAGGCCAAACUGCUUCCCCCCGAAGAAACCAAGAGUACUCUACUCUUUGAGAGUGUCAUCUGAUGCCCUGAGAUUUGACAUCAACACGCACAUACACAAAACCAUGCGCACUACACGAAUCAAACUCAGAUUACCAACACAUUGCACACAUUUAAAAUGACAAAAAUAAAGAACAACCUUGGACACGUGGGCCAAAGAGUAUACUAAAAAAGAAAAGAAACACGCCCCUUCACCUAAACACUCAUACCCUCUGCUCAGUUUUCUACCUCGCAGGCUCUCCUCUCUCUUUCCUUUCCCAUGCUGUUGUGCAGCCAUGUCCCAUCUUGUUUAGUAGGUGUUACGUGUCUGCUGUAGCUUCUAAAUCUUCUGUUUGCCAGUGUUUAAACAACCUCAUCCGUCUCAAAUCCAUCAGGGUGCAGUUAUUUUUGUUGUGGUUGAGCAGAAACCGAAAAGAUUCUGGGUAAACCUCUCACAUGAAACACCUCAUGUCCGCUGCUGAUACUUUAUUGUCUUAGUGUAUCUGUUGAUAGCUGCAUGUGUGCCCAUGCGUCUGUUUGUGUGGGUAUUUGCAUGCAUGUUGGACCUUCUACAGUGUUACCUUCAUUUACAUGUCACACUGCCUUUGGCUGCUCAUUUCUGCCAAAUGUGAUCUCCGAAUUAGAUGUACAAAUAUGACUUCCAUUUAUAAAAAACAAAAAAAUCAAACUGUAUUCACAACCAGACAAUGCGUCACAGCUUCAUUACAAAUUAUGUAUUAUAGACUAACUAAAGUAUCUCGUGUAUUGUAGGUUUGUGAAUUAGUGUUAAUUUUUGAAUGGGAUAAUGGAGAUUAUUUCUACAUUAAAAGAAGGGCAGAAGCAUUUGACUGGACUGUAUAAACAUCAGGAGACUGAAUUAUGGGGAUGUAAAAAGAAUAAAUGAUCAGAUGAAGAUGGGUUUAAUGUGUUGGAAGUUU